CUCUUUGCUUCUUCAUCAUAGACAUUUGCACGAUGGAACAAGUGGACGAGGAGCGCGUCGCAGAGCUCAAUCUCUUCAUUGAAGAGACUGCAACCGCCAUCUUCCAGAUUCACCACUUUGUGACCACUCAAACGGGACAGGUGCGCGACCUUGUCGACAAGAUCCAGAGCAAUACAAAGGCCAUUGCUGCAUGGAAGGCCAUGCUCGCGCACGGGGCUGCCCAGGUGCAGUCGGGCGCUGAAGCACAACGCUCGGCGCAAUCCCAGCGAGCGAACAUUGUUGGAGCACCGGUCGGUCCGUUGCGGAUACCACGAGCAACGCAGCAGUAG